UAUCAUGAUGAUUAUUGUGGAAUAUAUAUUUGAACUGCUUCGUGUUUUAUAUUUUGUUAAAUUUUAUUGGGAUAGAACAAAUGUGUUCCUGUUUUAUUUCCCUCUCAGAGGAAUGCCUAUAGUUUCAUUGACCUGUUCCGUUCUACUUGGCACAAUUAUAUUGUCUUCCGUUCCAUUAAAAACAUUGUUAGUUAAAGUUGUCUGUUUCGUCUAUGUCUAUUUAUCGCUGAUAACAAUAAUUAUAUGGAACUAUUUCUUGGCAACAUGUCUGAUUGUUGAACAUCCUGCCAAAAACAAACACACUAACUGUGAUUCAUACCUGAAAGAUUGGAACCUCAUGGAUUACUAUCAAUGCCUAAACGAUGGGACAAUUAGUAUGUUACAUAUCAUGAACAAACCAAGACCUAUUACAUCUUUCUAUUGCUUUGAGAAUCAGGAACCUGUGACCAGCGGUUAUUUUCUGGAAUAUUUGCUAUUUUUUGUCCCGUCUUUUGUAGUACUAUAUCAGACAGUAUACAAAACGUCAUCAUUUUCUGAACUGAAGAAUUCUUCAUUAAAGGAAACAUGUUCCAUCUGCCGUUUCAACACUUCACUUUAUAACCAUACAAUGUCGCGCGCCCUCUUCAUAAUGUGGUGCGUUAGACCGACUUUUUAUGUAUUUAUUGUAUCCGGAUUUAAUCCUGCUUCAUCUAUUUAUAUUGACUCAUUUAUCAUGAUAUCAUCAGCGACAUUUUUUAUCCUGGUUUUGUAUGAUAUUCUUAAGUUCUAUCUUUUUCCAAAAAUAGACUGUAUUAAUGGUAAUAAAAGUGAAUAUAACGGCGACAUUAAAAACUGUGGACAACAAAAAGAGAAUUCCAUAGAUUGGGUGUAAAUUGAAUGCUUAGAAAACAUUAUAAGCUAGAUCGAGCCGUAAUAUGAUUGUGAGCAAAAUGGAUGUUUAGAAAAUAAUAACUUUUGUAUUUUUCUGAUGUAAUAAGCAAGAACAAAACGCUUUCGUUGUCAUGGUUGCUGCAUAAUAAGCAAUUUCGA